AUGUCUCCUGGAAUGACCCUUUUCUCGGUCCAGGCCAUCCUGGUCCUGAGUACCGAAGAUGGCUCCAGAAUAUUUGCCAAAUACUUUUCUCCUCCCCAUGCCGCUCCCACAGGUGGCUCUACGAACCCCUACCCCGAUACCAAGUCACAAAAGUCCUUUGAGAAGGGUCUCGUCGAGAAGACGGCCAAGCAGACGGGCGACAUCAUCCUCUACGAUAAUCGCAUCGUUCUAUACAAGCUUGAAUCCGACGUCAUGAUCUACCUCGUUGGUGCUGCGGACGAGAACGAAGUUCUGCUAUAUAAUACCCUGCUGGCUUUCAGAGACUCUCUGCACCUGCUGUUCAAGUACGCGCACAUUCAGUACCUAGCGAGCUUGCGCCUGAACGCGCAUUUGCUAAUAUCUGCUAGGCAAUCCGUCGACAAGCGCACCAUUGUCGAAAACUACGAUCUCGUUUCGCUCGCCAUUGACGAAAUUGUCGAUGACGGCAUCAUCCUCGAGACUGACCCCACGAUUGUCGUCCAGCGAGUCAGCCGCGCGCCUACUCAGGACCUCGCGGUCGGCCGCAUUGAUUUGAGCGAACAAGGUGUCAAUAACCUGGCACAACUCGGCAAGUCCAAGAUUGCCGACUGGUUGCGUCAAGGCCUGUAA